GCACAAAAGGAAGAGAGGCCAGCGAGAGGAGAGCAAAGCGAAAGCCAAAACGUUUACGUCGCGCUUCAAGCUGUAACGGUUAACGGCUGUCACGCGUCUCGCAUUCCAUUUCGUUUCAAUCCGUUCCGUUCCGUUCCGUUUCGUUCCGCACAGUUUCGUUUCGUUUCGUUCCGUUUCCCGUGUCGUUCCAAUGGCUGUUCGUUCCUUAUGAUGGAGACAUUUCUUGUCCUGGGCCUGUGUUUUAUCCUGUACGAAGCAUUGGAUUUCUUUCAAGGCUGCAUCCAUAGCAACACGCCCUCACCGAGCGACCAGAUCGAGGCCUAUCGCCGCGAACUCGACGAACAGCGCCAGCAGCAGCAGCAGGAACAAUUUCUGGCCGGCCUCACGCCCCUGCUGGGCGCCCAAUUCGCAGCUGCUGCAGCUGCCGCUGCCGCUGGCUCUCAGUCGACGCUCAGCAGCACGCCCACCGCCUCCACAGCGAGCGUCAUUAGUGACUCGUACGAGCAGGAGCAGUCACAGUCGCAGUCGCAGUCACACUCGCAGUCACACUCGCAAUCGCAGUCACAGUCACAGCAGCCGCAUUCGUUGAGCACACCCGGACUGUUCCGUCCGGCCGCACUGGGCUAUUACGAUCCGGAGGAUCCGUUGCAUGCCACCUCGUCGCUGCCACGCGACUACUACUACCUGCAGCAGCAGCAGCUGAAGAACAAGGCCAGCUCAAAGUCGCUGCUCUCGAAGUUCUCCGCCACCAAUUCCGAUAAUCGCAUCCACCCGGAGGGCAGCGCUCACGGCGUGCUCGGGGCGCACGGCUCGCCGCACACGGUUGUCACCACACAGCCGCUGCCCGCGGGCGAGUCGGCGGCCAGUUUGGGGCUGUUCGACUGCCAGCCGCAGCUGUUGCCGUUGCUGCCGGCGGCGCCGCUCUUCCUGGAGCUGAAGCGUGCCAUAAUCAGCACGCAGGCGGCGACGACGGCGACGACGCGUCGGACGAGCAGGAGGCGUUGCCACAUCGACGUGAACGAGCAGGCCGAGCAGGAGCAGGAGCAGGAGCCAGCAGAGUCAGAGUCAGAGUCAGAGGAGGAGCAGGAGCAGGACACAGAGGAGGACGACGAGCAGGAGACAAUUUGUCCACAGUGCGUUGAGGAGGAAACGCAGCAGCAGCAGCAGCAGCAGCAGCAUCAGUACGACGAAGCCGAGCUCCCACAGCAAGUGCUCGACCAGGAUCCACUCUCCAGCCACGCGUCGGACUGCCACGCCGGCGGCGCCAACAGCGAGCCGAACAUCUGCGCCGCAUCGCAGCUGCCGCGGAUCCAUCACAUCGCCAUCGACGACAUUGGCAUCGGUGGGAUCGGGCUGACAGCGACCAGCGGGGAGCCGAACCACUGCCUGGCCACUAGUUCCAGUUCCAGUUCGCACGCCGAUUUUCGUGAAAUCGAAUGCGAACGCCUGCGACGCAAGUGCGUGAGCGUUAAGCGCAUCUAUAGCAUAUCGGAGAAGUUCUAAACUUUCAAUCCACCAAUCGCAAAUCGCAAUCGCAAAAUCGAAAAUCGAAAAUCGAAAAAAAAAAACACUCUCACACGAAAAGCAAAAUCAAAUCAAAAUUAUCAAAGCUCAACUCAUUUUUUUGCGCUAAACUCACCUUUGCACCAGUCGAAUUCAAAUAUAUCGAUAAUUAUCGAACCAAAUCGAGCAAUCAAAAAUUGUACAAUCAAAUCGAAAUCAAAAUCGCAAUCAUCUAUCGCCUCACAGCAAACAGAAAA